AGAAGCAACAGCAAAUAAUGUUCAGUCUUUAUUUACACCAASAACAAGAUAGAAUUUUUCAUUGGAAAUAAAAUGACUGCAAAAGAGUGUUUUGAGUUCAACACAAUCAUGAUAAAACCGAAGUCCAAGCAUACCAUUAGACAUAUCUUAGAACUGCCGUCCAGUUUACCACCAUCUAAACGUCCUGCUGCUAAACCUCCAGAUGCACCCUGGACGAAGCGAAGAAAACUAAUACUGCCUCCAGUUAACAAACAGAACGCGAGGCCCUUUGAAAUGCAAGGCCGUGGGCAAUGGCCCACACUGCCCACGCCUAGCGCCGCCACUGUUCCCGAUACUCCCAACAUCGAAGCAAAGAUAGCACAAUAUGGAAAGUUUAAGGGAAUUUG